GACUCCCUUAAAGUAAAACGGCACUCAACUUCCUGUUUAUCAUUCACCACCAUCCUCGGUGGAAGCAUAAACUCCCAGCUCUACAAUCAAUGAAACAUUUCAGAAAACCCCCUUUGCGUUGCAUUAGGAAGUGGAGGCUACAACAAAGCACAAAUCAAUUUUCCCUUUUAAAAAUGGAAUAAAAGCAAUCAUAAGUUAUGGAAGAGAACAUGCCAGGAUGCUGCAUCAUUCCAAACAAAUAUUUUAGCCUUUCCUCUUUUCUCCAGUCUUUUCUUCACUAAUGUUCCCAGCGGGUCAUCAGACGCAUGUCGCGGCUCAGGUCCACAAUUGACAGCGUAACCAAGGCAGUGGGAGGCACGGACAUCAUCUCCAGGUUCUACUGCUUCAAGCCUGGCGGUGCUGCAGUUGAUGGUGCCCAUACAGAGAAAGCGCUGCUCAAAGCUGAGACCAUGAGUUCUAAUGACAACGCUUCUGGAGGAAUGCAGGAAAAGGCAGGUGGGGAAAAUGGAGCAGUGGGGGAGCCAGAAAAGCAAAGGGAGCAAGUUAUAGAAAAGCCUUUUGUUGCCUCAAAGAAGUUUUCAUCCGCUUCAGCUUCAUCAGCAAACACACCUGCUCUUAGCUCUUCCUCAUCUGUGGCAAAGCAAACUAUGCAGCUGUUCCACCCGGCAGCUCUGGCCACGAACAUGGAUGAGACAUACAAGACUCUGUCCAACCACAUCAACAGUUACUUUGGCCCAAACACACAAGGGGAAGAUGAAGAGAACAGACAGCAGCAGCAUGUCUCCGAACCUGUUCCACAGGUCACCACCCUGAGAACAGUGGACCACAUUCCUGUUUUGUCUCCAGUCUCAGAGACGAAGGGUACCGAAGCGCCUACUACCUCUCUACCCUCAAAAAAGCCCAGUCCGGCUGCAGAGAUCCCCUCCACUGCGACCCAAGCUGAUGAAAGCACAGCUCAGUCAGUCCCCGAACUGAGUACCUCCGCAAAAAAAGGCUUCACCCAUUACCUGUCAUACCCCCGGCCCAGCGUCCAGGCGUUCGUUGGUAGCUACAUUUCGCCUCUGGUUCCCAAAUUUCGAGGUGAUCCAAAAAAGGUGGCAGAUAACAGGGACAAGUGUUCUGCAGACGGUUUUGCUGAACGCCCCGUGGACAAAGCAGUGGAGAAGACAAAUGGUGAAGAAGAAAAAGACAAGAAGACAAAGCAGCUGCUCCUAAGUCAAAGGGAAAAGAUAAUAGCCAGAGUGAGUGUAGACAACAGGACCAGAGGCCUGGUGAAGGGUCUGCAGAGGGUCACUGAGGUCCAGCGCCUCACCACUCGAGUGGAGGAGCUCGGCUUUCACCUGCUGGAGUUCCCUGAGACCCGUGGCGUGGCAGUCAAGGAGAACUUGUUGCCCUGUUUGCUGCGACUGCGCCAGGCCAAGGACCUUUCCCUUCAGGCGGCUGCUAGAGAAACUCUGGCGCUGGUUGGCUACGCAGAUCCAAUCAAAGGCCGAGGAAUUAGGGUACUGGCCAUAGAUGGAGGAGGCACAAGAGGAAUGUUGGCCCUGCAGACUCUUCAUAAACUACAAGACCUGACUGGGAAGCGAAUCCAUCAGCUCUUCGACUACAUCUGCGGAGUCAGCACGGGCGCCAUUUUGGCUUUCAUGUUGGGGAUUUUCCAGAUCCCCUUGGAGGAAUGUGAGGAUAUGUACAGAAAGCUGGGCUCGGACAUCUUCAAACAGAACGUCAUUGUCGGAACUGUGAAGAUGGGCUGGAGCCAUGCUUUCUAUGACAGCGAAAUGUGGGAGAGCAUCCUCAAGGAACGUAUGGGUGAGGGGCGUAUGAUUGAGAGUGCAAGGGACCCACACUGCCCCAAAGUGGCAGCAGUGAGCACCAUCGUCAACAGAGGUUUGCCUCUGAAGGCCUUCGUGUUCAGGAACUACAGGUUCAUGCCCGGAGUGAGGUCCCACUACCUUGGAGACUGCAAACAGAAGAUGUGGCAGGCCAUCCGGGCCUCGUCUGCCGCCCCCGGAUACUUUCAGGAAUUUGUUCUUGGAAAAGACCUCCAUCAGGACGGAGGACUUCUCAUCAACAACCCCACGGCAUUGGCCAUUCACGAGUGCAAGUGUCUGUGGCCGAACACACCCCUGCAGUGCGUGCUGUCUCUGGGAACGGGGCGCUAUGAGACUGUGGGCAAGAACAACACGAGCUACACGAGCUUGAAGACCAAGCUGGCUCACGUCAUCAGCAGUGCCACAGAUACAGAAGAGGUGCACACCAUGCUGGACGCCCUCCUGCCGCCGGACACCUACUUCCGCUUCAACCCCUACAUGAGCGAGGACGUGCCAUUGAACGAAAACCGCCAGGAGAAGCUGAACCUCCUCAAAGGCGAAGGGGGGCGUUACCUCGAGCACAACGAGGCCAAGCUGAAGAAGGCAGCCAGCGUGCUGGGCCAGGAGAAGGGCGCCAUCCAGAGGCUGGCCGAGUGGGCUAAGCUGAAGGCCGACAUGUACGAGGGAAUCCCCUUCGUAUCCAAACUGUAAUUGGUCUACAGGUAAAGGAGAAAAAAAAGAGCAUUUCUGGCACAUUUUGUGUUUGGAAUUUGACUUAAUUCCUAAAGGUUUACGUGGGCUAAUCCAUGAUAUUAACCCAACAUUAAAAGCUGUUUAUUUAUUUCUAUAUUAUUAAGAUGAAAGAAAGUGUUAAAUAAUGUGUCAUAUAAUUAUUUGAUAGACAAUAUCAUGGCUGAUAGAAGAUUUAAAAAAGUAUUUCUGACAUUUUUUUUUAAAAGUGUCUUGUGACCUGAAUUUGAACAUAAAAGAUGUAAAUGAUUUACAUGUGUGAGACACAUGUUCAUCGCCUGAUAUGUUGAUGUGUAACGUGUUAGUUUUUACAUGUAAAUAUUUCCUGAACAAAUGCCUGACUAUAGAGAUACACCGAUCAGUCAGUCAAUGGAUUAGAACAAUGAAGUCCCGCCAUUUGCACUCUAAAGAUGCAUCGAUCUACAUCUGGGGUUAAUUCAAAUGAAAAAAGGACAGAAUCCUAUGUUUUCAAGCAUAAAUCUGGCUAGCCUUGAAAUUCUUCCAUUUUGCAUUAAAUUCUAAACUACUACUUCCAUCACAGAACCUGCAGCAUAUUUUUCUUCUAUGUUAGCAGGUCGGAUCUCAAAGCCAACUGGAAAUCGGUAUCAGGCUAGAAAAGCCUUAUUGGUGCAUUUCAACCUGAAAGUUAUGUUUGCUUGCAUCUUCGGUAACUCGAAUACAUUAAGGUGUAACAGAUACGUAAUUGCACAGUGGGAACCGAAACACGACUGCUUAUUACUAGCACUGCACAAAAGUAAAACAAGAAAACCUGUGCACUUUGUAGGAUAACAUUUUUUUAUCCUAGGGAGAACUGUAUAACAAUUUGAAACAAUUAUGAUUGUCUUUAACUUUUUAAGAAAGGAAACUAAUACAGUACAUUCAUUAGCCUAAAGUGUUAAGAAGACUUACUUUUAUCAAAGCAUGGUUAUUGCACUUAAAGCAUUCACUUUGGUCCAUUAUUGUAUGACACCUUCCAAAAUGUGAGCAUGUUUAAUGUAAUGAGAAUGAAAUGACUGUGAUGCCUUCCUUCUUUAUUCCUUAAUGGAAUUUUAAAAAGAUCCAAAAUGUCAUGAAAUAAUAAAACGUAUUGUCAAAGCUC